AUGAGUUCAGCUAUUGAUCUGAGCUCUGAACAAGGCAUCCAGCAGCCUGAAGACAUGGACUUGACCUGUAAUGUUCCCCCUGUCAACACGUCAGCUCAGCAGACUGAAGGGCCAGGUGCAGGCGGCGCAGAGCAGCAGACCAUGAGAGUUUACCUCAGAGUCAGGCCCUUCUCUAGAGAGGAGCUCUCUGACAAUGAAGACCAGGAUUGUGUGGUGAUUGAAAACAGCCAGACGGUGACACUGAACGCACCAAAAGGUUCUGCCACCAUGAAGAGCAGUGAGAAGGGCAUUGGCAUGUCACUCCACAAAUUCUCCUUCUCGCAGAUUUUUGGACCUGAUACGACACAGUUUGAGCUGUUUGAGGACGCAGUCAAAAGCCAAAUGUCCGGCUUCUUGGAAGGAAAGACUGCACUGAUAUUCAGCUAUGGUGUAACCAAUGCUGGGAAAACCUUCACAAUCCAAGGAACCCCAAAAGAUCCGGGAAUCCUCCCCCGAGUGCUGGACGCCACCUUUCACCAUAUCGGAGGCCAUCAGUAUGAGGGGAUGGACCUGAAACCCUACCUGAGGAACGAUGCCCAAUAUCUGGAUCUUGACCAAGUCAAGCAGGAGAGAAGUGCUAAAGCAGCCAUUUUUGGUUCAUUCAAAGAGGAGUGUGAUCCUCUCAGAGCCAGUGGUGGUUCAGAGUCUGUGCCCUGUGCUGCCGCUGGUCUUUCAUCCUCCUCUUUGUCCUGCAAUCGUACAGAAACAGGCAGCAUCCAGUUUGCUUUAUGGGUGGCAUUCUUUGAAAUCUACAAUGAGUGUGUGUAUGAUCUGCUUCAACCCUCCCUGUGCUCCAAGUCCAAGAAACGUGCUGUUCUUCGUGUGUGUGACGACGGUGCUGGUAACACUUAUGUUAAAGACCUCAGGUGGAUCAACAUCCAGAGCCUGGGCGAGGCCUGCAAAUUGUUGCAGUUCGGAAACAAAAACAGAAGUGCUGCUGCCACAAAGAUGAACCAGUCAUCUAGCAGAAGCCACAGCAUAUUUACCAUGAAGUUACUCAAGAUUGAUGGUGGAACGGUUAAAAGGAUCUCAGAGUUUUCUCUGUGUGACCUGGCUGGCUCAGAAAGAUGCAACAAAACCAAGACAUUCGGAGAGAGGCUGAAGGAGGCGGGAAACAUCAACAACUCCCUGCUCAUUCUGGGGAAGUGCAUCACCGCGCUUCGCAACAGUCAGACUGACAGCAAAAUGAAGAGCUACAUUCCUUUCCGAGAGAGCAAACUCACCAAGCUCUUCCAGGCCGUUUUCCUCGGCAAAGGAAGAGCAUCAAUGAUUGUCAACAUUAACCAGUGUGCUUCCACCUACGACGAGACUCUCCAUGUAAUGAAAUUCUCUGCUGUUGCCAAUCAGGUGGUGCAGGUGAUGCCAGCCAAGCCACUGGAAUCUCUGGCUCCUUGUCUGGUUGGCCGAGAUGGGAAGCCUCUGAGCACUGGGAUGGUUGACAACGAGGCACUGGAGAGCUACCUGUCUGAAGAGGAGCUGCUUGAUGAAGAGGAUGAGGCCGACAUGUUUGUGCUGCCACAGAAUGAGCUUGUGAAUAUGAUUGAGAGCCUCCGAACAAAACUCCUUGCUGAGAGAAGAAGAAACCUGGUACAGGAAAUGGAGAUUCGCAAGGAGAUGGGAGACGCCAUGAUACAACAGCUCAUGGAAAGUGAAGAACUCCGCACUCGACAGAUAGAAGAGCUGAAGGAGAGCCACCAAGAGAAGCUGGAGAACACGUUUGAGAUGUACAAGGACGCUAUCAAAGAGCACGCCUACCAGAGCGCUAUGAACAAUCUGGAGGACGACUACGUGCCUCUGGAUGAGUUCAUCACAGAACAGGAGAAAGUAGAGGCCCUCAGACGCAAAGUGUCAGAGCUGGAGGCCUUAACGUCCAGUGCAGGAGGAGAAUCAGCAGCUCCAUCAGUGGACCAGUCGUGUCAGACUCAAACAUCUAAACCAACGGAAGCUACAGCAGGGGAAGAUCGAUACAAACGUCUUUACAGAGAAAAAUGUGCCAUCGAGAGGAUGUGUGAAGAUAAACAACAGUUGAUAUUGUCCCUGGAGAAAAGGCUAAUGGAGCUGAGUGAAACUCUUCAGAAGGUCAGAGAUGGCUUCCUGGAGAAAUCAGCUGAUCUGGAUGCUCUGCACAGGAAGUCUGAUGACCAGAUGAGAUCUAUGGAGGGCGUCCUCCGGCAGAAUGUUGAGAAGGACAGGGAGAUUGCCUCACUAAAGGCAGAACUUGCCAAGCUCUCCCAGAAGUCCCCUGAGCGGCCAAAGACCAAGCGAGGCCUGCUCGCCAACAUCAGGGAGGCGGUCACUUCUCCACGGAAGGGGGCAAGUGGCCGAACACUGAGGAAAACUACCCGGACUGCGCACCACUGA